CAGGUAGAAAUCCUUGACUGGAAGACAAAGAAACAGCUAUGCUUCCUAGAUAAGGUUGAAUCAAAUGCGACAAUCAGGGAAAUCAGAUUGAUGAUUCAUAAAUCAUAUCCUCAGUGGUAUCCGGCAAGGCAGUCGAUAAGGCUGGAUCCAAAAGGAAAGUCCCUGAGAGAUGAGGAAAUCCUGCAGCACCUCCCUGUUGGCACAACUGCUACCUUAUAUUUUAAAGAUUUAGGGCCACAGAUAGGAUGGACUACGGUAUUUUUGAUAGAAUAUACAGGUCCAUUGUUCAUCUAUUUUCUGUUUUAUUUCCGCAUGCCUUUUGUCUAUGGCCUGGAUGAGAGGUUUACAUCAAGCCCACAUGCAGUAGUUAACUUGGCAUGUAUCUGCCAUUCUUUCCACUACAUGAAAAGGUUGAUUGAAACAAUAUUUGUUCAUCGGUUCUCCCAUGGGACUAUGCCACUGAGGAAUAUUGUGAAGAACUGCUUGUAUUACUGGGGUUUUGCUGCUUGGCUUGCUUAUUACAUCAAUCACCCUCUUUACACCCCUCCUUCCUAUGGAAGAAAACAGAUAAAUUUUGCUGUGAUCAUGUUUCUGUUGUGUGAAGCUGGGAAUUUUUCUAUUCAUGUUGCCCUCAGUGACCUCCGGAGAGAUGGAUCCAGAACCCGUAAAAUUCCAUAUCCAACAAAGAAUCCAUUCACAUGGCUGUUCUUCUUUGUAUCUUGCCCUAACUAUACAUAUGAGGACAAGGUUGUUUUUGGUCAAUUGAGACAUAAAUGCAAAUGCUGCCACCAGAAAUAUUUUUCAUUUCCUUGGCCAAAACAGGUUGGGACAUGGAUCAGUUUCACUAUCAUGACUCAGUGUGUCCCAGUGGGGCUGUUCACCUUGCUUUGCUUCAUUCAGAUGACAAUCUGGGCAAAGGAUAAACAUUACACCUAUCUACGAGAAUUCAAGGACUAUCCAAGUCUUCGAAUGCCAAUUAUUCCUUUUUUGUUGUAAAAAAAAAAAAACAGAUUAUUUGGAUUAUUGCAUGGAACUUCAAA